AUGUGCUGCUUAAGAAGUGAGCUGCAGGCUGCUGUAGUACAGAAUACAGAGCCGGCGGUUCAUGUGAGAGGCCAGGAGCCCCUUACUGCCUCAAUGCUGGCAGCUGCACCCUUAAAAGAGCAGAAACAACUCCUGGGUGAGCGGCUGUAUCCACUUAUCCAGGCCUUGCAUCCGACUCUUGCGGGAAAGAUUACAGGCAUGCUGCUGGAGAUUGACAACUCUGAACUACUGCACAUGCUCGAGUCUCCAGAGUCCCUGCACUCCAAGGUUGAAGAGGCUGUAGCGGUGCUUCAGGCUCAUCAAGCCAAGGAACUGUCGGCAAAGUGAGGGAGCUUGUAAGGCAGG